UAAAGGGAUAUAUUUAACUUUUUUUGUAACGAACAGCUGUUCACACAGUUUUCAAGCGACGCCAUCACUACGAACACCUGCGUAAUGAGAAAUUCGCUUACAAUUGUUACAAAAUAAUCAAAUCCUUGGGAAAGGCAAAACUACAAAUGAAAACUAGAGCUAAGCUGAACGGUAAACACAACAUCAAGCAGAGGCAAAGAACACGAUAUUGAAGUCAAGUUAAAAAAAACAAAUUAAAAGAAAAAACAUGUCGAAGGCCGUGAAUAACAUGAACAUGGGCGUUGUGGAGCCGCAGCAGCGGAUUAAAAACUUGUCCCACUGCGGCAAUCUCAUCGAUGUGGACAAGAAUAUGAAAGUGUCGCGCUAUUACCGCGCCGGAACUGAGAUCCUGCGCAUGGCCAACGUCUAUUUGAAUGAGGGAGACCAUGAGAACGCAUUUAUAUUGUACAUGCGCUACAUGACGCUGUUUAUAGAGAAGAUACGCCAGCAUCCCGACUAUGCCAGCGUUAAGGCCGAUGUGAAGGCCAUCAAUAAGACGAUUAAGGACGAGAUCAUGCCCACAACGGAGAAGCUGCGCAACAAGUUGCUGGCUCAGUAUGAACGUGAAUAUGAGCAGUUUCUAGCCAACAAGGAGGCGGAGCGUAUACGCGAACAGGAACGAGAGCGUCAGCAGCAAAUGGCCAACAAGAAAGCAGCGGCAGCUGCAUCUGUUCCUUCCCUCAUACCCGCCAACUUGCACGUACAAAUGGAUCCGAGCAGCCAACCAACGGCACCAGAUCUGAGUCUGCUGGAUCAGGUGGUCUAUCCGAACGAUUUUCCCUCAGGCACCAAUCGUACCAACUUGCCCAACUCGGGUCUACUAUUGCCAAUGGCACCUGAUGCUGGCGCCGCCGACAAGUUAGCCAACUCGUCAACAAAGCCCGCAUUUGAUCGCAGCCGGAAGCCGCAGUUUAACCGCACGGACUCUUUGCUAGCUGGCUCAUUGCGCAGUGUCAAUGUGCCCGGCGAUACCAUGGAUGUGUUCCUGAAGCUGGCGCAUGCCAAUACCUCCAAUAAUGUAGAGACUUGCGGUGUUCUGGCCGGCCAUCUGGCCCACAAUGAACUCUAUAUAACGCAUAUUAUUGCGCCCCAGCAGCAAGGCACGCCCGAUAGCUGCAACACGAUGCACGAGGAGCAGAUCUUUGAUGUCCAGGAUCAAAUGCAGCUCAUUACGCUUGGCUGGAUACAUACACAUCCUAGUCAAACUGCUUUUCUGUCCUCCGUUGACUUGCACACGCACUGCUCCUACCAGAUGAUGAUGCCAGAGGCAAUAGCCAUCGUCUGUGCGCCCAAGUACAAUACAACUGGUUUCUUCAUUCUCACGCCGCAAUAUGGCCUGGACUACAUCGCACAGUGCCGGCAAAGCGGAUUUCACCCGCACCCCAAUGAUCCACCUCUCUUCAUGGAUGCGCAGCACAUCAAAAUGGAUGCCCAGUCGAAGAUCAAGGUCAUCGAUCUGCGCAGAUAGUAUGCUGAAAUGUUGGUCUAACUCAGCAGCAACAGCACCAACCAAUAGCACAUUGGUUCAUCUACUGGAUGCAAAGCCAGCGAAUUUAACAAAUGCUGUAGGAACAACAACAUCGGCAACAGUCAUCAUGACAACAAAAUCGCAGUUUAGAUUUGAUGCAACUGAAUGAACACAUAAACAAACACUAUAGUGAUUAAUGAUCUUAGAUAUUUCAAAGAAACAACAAAUGGAGGCAUCAUACUUUGCGACUGUACAGCUGUAUUUUUUGCAGGCACUUGAUUAUUAAUGUGACUAUUUAGAACAGAUAAACAAAUGGCAUUACAUUAGCUUUCAG